AGAGAGGCGUUGGUAUCUGAUUUACUCGAUCUCCAUCUAACUCUGGCAUGCUUGGUAGCUUCAGUAAAACUGCUGGAGCAUUACCAAAAACUCACACGAGUCAACUGAUGCUUUCAUAGGGACAACAGAGAGCUAACUUUGGAUCAUCAGUCUCAGUUCCAGGAGAUCCAACAACCUCUUCUGACUUCCAUGGGAAACAGGAAUGUGUCAUGGGAGCUUUUGAAGUACUUCUUGUACCUUCUUCAGGUGGUAGUACUGAGUUCAGAACAACUCAGAGUGAUUGGCUCAGAGGGGCCAGUCCUGGCUCCAUUGGGUGGAACCCUUGAACUCAGUUGUCAAUUGUCUCCACCACAACAUGCACAGCACAUGGAGAUUCGCUGGUUCAGGAACCAUUAUACGCAGCCAGUGUUCCUGUACAGGGAUGAUAAAGACAUGUAUGGAGAAAUUAUCUCCAAGUAUGUGGAGCGAACUGAACUCAUAAAAGAUGCCAUUGGAGAAGGGAAAGUGACCCUCAGGAUUUUUAAAGUAACAGUUGAUGAUGAUGGGCCAUACCGCUGCCUCUUCAAAGACGGUGAAAUCUCUGGAGAGCACAUUACAGAGGUCAAGGUCACAGCCACAAGCUCAGAUCUACAGAUUCUUAUGCAUCCCCCUAAUACCAAAGGUGUGAUGUUGGAGUGUCAUGCAGGAGGUUUGUUUCCACUGCCUCAUAUGGAAUGGAGAGACAGCAAAGGGGAAGUCAUUCCAGCAACAUCAAAAUCCCAUUCACGGGAUGGAAACAAAUUGUUCAACAUGACAAUAGCCCUUCUUAUCGAAACCAGUUCCCAUAGGAAUGUCACUUGCUAUCUUCAAAACCAUCUAACUCACCAAGAAGAGAGCAUAUGUGUCGUCCUAUCAGGUGAACUGUUCUCAUGGAAAAUUGUUUGGACAACGAUUCUGAGUACAAUAUUGUCCGUGCUAAUAGCCUUUCUCAUGAUGUCCUUUGUUCAGCAAAAUGUCAUACAUGGGAUAGUUAGACAGGAGUCAAAUAAAAACAUCCUCAGGAAGCAGAAAGACACUUACCAAUGUGAUGGAGAUCAAUCUGAAGAAAAAGUUAUGGUGGAGAUAUGUCAAAACAAAGUUAGUAUGCACAUUGAGAUUGAUGAAUGUAAUGGUGAUCAAAUUAAAGAAGAAGUUAGGGCGGAGGUGUUUCAAAACAAAGUCAGUAUGCACACGGAGACUGAUGAAUGUGAUGGUCAUCAAUCUGAAGAAGAAAUUAGGUUGGAGGUGUUUCAAAACAAAGUCAGUAUGCACAUGGAGACUGAUGAAAGUGAUGGUCAUCAAUCUGAAGAGGAAGUUAGAGAGGAGUCGUUGCAAAACAACAUCAGUAUUUACAUUGAGACUCAUGAAUGUGAUGGUGAUCAAUCUCAAGAAAAAAUAAUGGAGGAGUUGUUUCCAAAUAAAGUCAGUAUGCACAUUGAGACUGAUGAAUGUGAUGGUGGUCAAUCUGAAGUUCUAAAUAUCAAGAGCACAAUCAGUUCCUCUAGAUCUCCUCUAAGGGAUGCAGUAUAUCCAUCCUCUAAGGAUUUGGGUAUCUGCUCUGAGAGAUUUCCUCAUUGGUUAAAGGGUUCAAUGGUACUCAUGAUUUCAGUGUUUGCAAUUAUAGGAGUCAUGCUCAUUUUGCAUCUAAAACAAAGAGUCCCUGUUUCAGAUUCACAUUUUGAAUUGGACACUUUGUGGUUGGAAGAUAUUAGUGUGAUCCUGUGUGUGCUGAUAGUGUUCAACAUCAAGCUGAUUUCAUUAAUUUACUUCAGAUUGGAAGAACGUGCACCUGGACUCAAAAAAUGUUCCUGUAAAUUAAACACAAUUGCAAAGAUAUUGCAGUUGCUGUGUUUCAUAGUCUUCUCUGUAACGAUCCUUCUUGUGUAUCGGAAGUUACGGAAAAAAGAUCCCUCAUUUCCCUUAUACAAGAAGUGGUUGAUGAAUAUGGCAAUGGUGGUAGGAUUUCUGACAGCAAUUUUCACUAUUAUAACAAUUGCAUUAUCAUGGACACACAUAAGAAGUUGGUGCAAAACCCAAUGGACUACUCCAACAGAUGACAAGAAAAGCAGACGCAAUAAAAAACAGAUAAACAUUAUUUUGACCUUGGAAAACUUGAAGAAGAAAAAGAAGAAAAAGGGAAGGAAGGAUUGUAGUAGUCAGAGGGAUCCAGAAUACCAGGAGAUCAUGGUCUACGAAUCAAUUAAGCAGGGCUCAUAGGAACUCACAGAGACUUAAGCAGCAAUCACAUAGCCUGCGUGUUUCUGUACUAGGUCCUCUACAUUAUAUGUUAUGGUUGUUUAGUUUGGUAUUCUUAUGGUACUCCUAACAGUGGAAGUGUGUGUACAUAGUGGAUGUCUCUGACUCUCUUGCCUGACCUUGGGACCCUUUUCCUUCUACUGAAUUGCCUCAUUGAGAUUCAAUAGGGCUUGUGCCUAGUCUUACUGUAACUUGUUUUGCUAUGUGUGGUGGUAUUGUGUUCACCAAAAUAUUGUGUACCU